AUGACGAACACAAUCUUGUCCACCGUGCUUGCCAGUGGGUCUCUUUUGUGCCAGGUCCGAAACACUCCAUUCAGUACCGAGGACCAGCGUGCGGACACGCCCUACGUAGAUUUCCCAGUAUCUACCGUAGAAAAUGCCCCAAGCAAGACCACUGUGUAUAUAGAGCAUGUUUAUCUGCUCGAAUUUCCAGGGACGUCGUUCGAGAGCUACCUUGCGGGCCUCGUGGCAUGUCCAGAGGUGCGCAGGCCUGUUUCUGCUCCAUUGUUCGCAUUUCACAACCGUGUCACUGGCGCACCGCGUGAGAUCCGACCUGAUCCAAUCAGUAGUCGUCCAAAUAUUCCGAACCGGCAGACUCGCUUCCCAGAUCAUCAGCCGAAGCUCGGCUGGUAG